UCGAUCUCACUCUAAUAUAGUACCUACCUAUAUAUUAAAUAAAUAAAAAAUCCGCCUACCAUUAAAACAUUUUUUAACAAGGUGCUACACACGUGCUAUUAUGUGGUACAGGAUAUAAAAAACAAUCCACAAUGUCAUUCGCGAUUUAUUUACUUCAAGCGGUUGCUUUUUUGGAUCUGUUGGCAGUGGGACUCAUUGUGCCCUUAGUAGCCAGCCAUGUACGCGACAUGGGAGGUAAUCAUUUGUAUGUGGGAUUGCUUGGAUCAAUCUAUGCUGGGUUUCAGCUUGGUUCCGGGCCGCUUAUCGGCAGUUUGAGUGACCUGAAGGGGCGGAAAACUAUUUUGAUAUUGACUCUGCUUGUGUGUGGUAUAGCAUACACUGUGCUUGGACUCACCAGUUCAAUAUUGGUCAUAUUAUUGAUAAGAGCAGUGUUAGGUCUGUUCAAACAAACCCAAAUGUUGACCAAAGCUUUGGUUCCUGAUUACGAAAAGAAUGAACGGAAGCAAGGUGAAAUAUAUGGGAAGAUGGCAGCCAUAUCUGGAGCUGGUAUCACUUUGGGUCCAAUGAUUGGUGGUCAUAUAGCUGAGCAUGACCCAAACAAUGGAUUCAUGUUAAUUGCCAUUAUUGUUGGUAUUGGUUUUGCUGCCAACUCUGGUUUGGUAUACUUUCUACCAAAGGUAGAUAAGCAGCCGAAAAGGAAUGUAGCUAAGGAAGAAACACAAACAAGUUUACUAAAAACACUUCUUUCUAGUGUUCAACAAUCUUUUGUUCAGUUGUAUUACAUAGAAUGGUCUAAAUAUUGGGAUAUAUUUAUGUUUAAAGCUUUAAUUAGCUUUGCAAUGGGUGUAUAUUAUUCAAAUUAUUCACUUUACUUAAAAACAGUUUACGAGCUCUCACCAAAAUAUAUUGGUUACGUAAUAUCCUUUCAAGGUGUAAUAGGUUCAAUAUCUAGCUAUUUUAUAGGUUACAUAAACAGCUUUUAUAUUCAUGACAAAGACUACAGCAUAAGAAAUUUUCAUGUAUUUUUACUCACUAGUGUAUCCUUAGUAGGUCUAGCAUUAUCUUUUAAUGUUUUUCUUUAUACUUUUUGGUUGAUACCAAUGGCUGUUGGUAAUGCAACUGGUAGAUUAGUAACAUUAGAGAUGGUGUUGAAGAGAAGUCAUGGAGACCACAGAGGAACUCUCAUUGGUGCUUCAAACAGUGUCCGGUCAUUGACCGGAGUAGUUGCUCCUAUGGUUGCAGGAGUGAUAGGAGAGUUCUAUGGAGUCUCUUAUGUAAUCUAUGCUUCAUUGUGUUCUACAACAUUGGGCAUUGUAUUGAGUUACCUGCAUAAAAAUAAAACAGUGAAAAUAGAUUAAAUUUUUUAAUAAAGUUUAUUUGUUAUUAUUACAUCUAAUAAAGAGGAAAAUAUCUUCUAA